UGAAUAUUCAGUUUCGUCUCGUCUCUCAAACCGUCACCAUGUCUUGUACAUUUUUUCUUACCAUUUUAUCAAUUAUUCUAGGAGUUGAAAGCAAAGUGUGCAAAUCGGUGGAUGUUAGAAAUACUCCUAGUCACAUUUCCGAAUUUAGUGAUUGUCGAGUAAUAGACGGUGCCUUGCAAAUUGUUCUUAUGGAAAAUUUUGAUGCUACUGAUUAUAUUAACAUCAGUUUUGCUAAACUGGUUGAGAUUACUGAGUAUUUGCUUAUUUAUCGAGUGAUGGGUUUGACAUCAUUAGAUUUAAUAUUUCCGAAGCUUGUCAGUAUUAAGGGGAGUUCAUUGUUUCUUGGACAUUCUCUUGUGGUCUAUGACUUGCCAAAUCUAGAGGAGAUUGGGUUACAAAAGUUACAAAGCAUUGACAAUGGAAAUGUAAAAAUUGCCAACUGUCCUCAGCUUUGCUACGUAAACACUGUUAAUUGGACCGCCUUGGGAGUUCCAGUUGUCCAUUACAACGAAACUGCAACUUGCAAUGAAGAGAACUGUCCAACUGAGUGCAGGGGGUUUUGUUGGAACUCUUACACCUGCCAAAAAACGUCUAAAACAAAGUGUGACUCUUCUUGCAUUGGCUGCACUCAAGACUACUCCCCGAAUCAUUGCCUUGAAUGCAAAUAUUUUAACAAUAGUGGCACUUGUCUUGAAAAUUGUCCCGAAAACAAAAUCGUUGAUAAUUAUUCUGGAAAAUGCAUCGAACCACAAAACUGUAUUUCUAAAAACGGUUCUUGGACAACUUUCAGAAACAUGUGUGUUCCAGAAUCACCCAAAAACGCCGACUCUAGAAAUUCGUCGAAAAAAAUAUGUGAAGGCAUGAAGAUUGUCAAUCAUUUUGAGCUCGAACAAAUGGUUAAUUGUACCCACAUUAACGGUUCUUUAGAACUGUCCCUUGUGGGAAGCGUAAGCCUCAGUGACUUGGAACGAACUUUGGGAAAAAUCGUUUCAAUUUCAAAAUAUUUGAAAAUAACGCGGUCACAUAAACUCACAUCGUUACAAUUUUUCGACAAGUUGAGGACAAUCAAAGGCGACCAGUUGUGGAGCAGGUACUACUCCUUCUACGUGACGAAAAAUCAGAAUUUGCAACAAUUAUUCGGCGGAAAAUUCAAGCUCAAUAUAAAGAACGGGACGGUAAUAUUUCAAGACAAUCCGCAUCUUUGUCCGUAUUAUGUCGACAAGUUUUUCGAUGUUACAAAAAUUGCCAGUAAACAUAAGCCCUUCAAAUUUAAAAACGGGCAUCAAGCGGCCUGCAUUACUAAAGACAUGACUGUUUCCAUCGAAUCAGUUAAUUCGACCAAUAUUACACUGUCAUGGAAGAAAGAAGGUAACAGGACAAUCCUUGGUUACACCAUUUAUUACACUUACACGUUCGGUAACGUUGAUUUUUUGAAAAUGAAAGACGAAGUUGGUGAGGUUGAUGGAGACUCUUGGUUGAGUGUUUUCGUCACAAACGCUUCCGUAACACUUAAAAAUUUGUACGCGUUCUCUAAUUACACCUAUUACAUCAAGACGCAUUUCUUGUCAUCGUUUGAAAAUGUACAGACACCGGUGUACUACUUUGCUACGCCUCCGGGAGACCCAACCGAACCCAGAGAACUGGAAGCGGAGGCCAAAAGCGACACGAUGAUCGAACUGAUUUGGAAAAUUCCAAACUACAUUAACGGCGAACUGUCUUACUACAAACUGGCAAUUUACGUGCAGAAAGAUUACGCGCCAAUGAUCCUCCAGAGGAAUUACUGCCGGCACCCGUUUGUCGAGACUGGCUGUACUUGCAUGAAAAAAGACAUAUUACAGAUGUUUCUCCACCAAAACGUGUGCAUAGGCCAGGAUGGGGAUCACUAUUGCAAUGACAAAACCGUCUACACCGUUGACGAAACCCCCAAAAGUGAGCCUCCGAAGAGUUUUAGGAUCCACAAGAGAUCUGUUACUUUCAACAGUACGAUUAAGGACGGUCAAGAAUUUAUCCUCAACGCGACGGAUAAUUACACAGUGACUUUGCCAGUUUAUGGUCUAGAACACUUCACGAUGUAUACUUUUUACGUGAGGGCUUGUAACAGUAAGGUGUCUGAAAAUGAUACCGAACACUGUGGGGGCCCAGAAAUGGUGUCCGAAAGGACCCUGAAGAAAAAUAGUGCUGAUAUUGUCUCUUCUCUGAGUAUUCAAGUCAACAAAAGCGAAGCAAACAUCAGCUGGACACAACCAGAAUUUGCCAAUUCGGUUAUUUUAGCUUAUAAUGUUGAAUACAGUAAAAACUCUGACACUGUUUCGGUUCUUACGUGUAUCACGAGCAAACAAUUUGAUAAUCAAGGGUUUUUAAUACUGAAAGUAUCACCCGGGAAGUAUUCGGCCCGUGUCCGGGCCCUUUCUUUGGCCGGUUACGCUCAAUAUAGCACUUGGAAUUAUUUUGAAAUUUUAGGGAAUAAUACUCACACUACUAAUAAUACGCAUAAUACGAAUAAUAUCAAGCAUAACAGUUACAAUAUCUGGGUGAUCACGCUUUUAAUUUUCUUUGCUGUUGUCAUUGUUUUUGUGAUUGGACUUGUGAUUUAUCGUCGGUAUAAGUUAGCACAAAGUGUUGAUUCUGAUCGUUUGGUGCUUGGAGAUCACGGUAUCGGGAUGGACGAUAACGAGUGGGUUCUUGACCGGGAAACUGUUGAAAUUAUCAGAGACUUGGAGCGGAAUUCAGUCGGAAUGUUGUAUCGCAAUAAAGUGGACUAAUUUAUUUUAUUUGAAAUUAUUACAAAAUUGUGUUAACUAUAGACAUCUGCAGUCGGGGCUGGAAGUUCAAAACUGGGGUUGUCGUAGUGGCACCCCAGCGGGUCCUGCCGAGCUUUCACGUUCUGUUCCGGGAGUAUCCAAGAGGUGGCGUCGUUAUGAAAGCUCUCGCUUGAAAUUGUCCCAACUUUUGUCAACUUUAGAAUAAGUCCUGCAAAUUGUAUUGUAACAACAAUGAAUAAAAAUUAUUGAAAUUGUUA